AUGGCUACCAAAAGCGAAUUGGCAACGGUAACCGUUCGAUGUACUCCAGAUAAUGUUCAUGCUAUUGCUGGCGUAUUACAGUCUAAGAGAGCACGUUUCGAUAUUGAAACGAACAGUAAUGACACAAAAAGCCAACGAACCCCUCUUAAUUUGGCUCUUAUUCUCGAUCGUAGUGGUUCAAUGGAAAGUAAUAACAAAUUAACUUUCGCAAAACGAGCGGUCUGCUCCGUACUCGAUCUACUUCAUGACGAUGAUGUUGUUCAUUUGGUCGCAUAUGAUACAGAUGUUUCUAUUAUAUUUCAAAAUGCACGAGCAUCUACCCGUCAAUUGCUACAUCCACUUGUUGAUAAAAUAAAGACGGCUGGCUCAACUAAUCUUUCUGGUGGCAUUGAAACUGGUGCCAAAUUGCUUGAUAAGUAUUCAUAUUCAGGAUAUUCACGUCGUAUGUUCAUUUUUUCUGAUGGACAAGCGAAUGUUGGAUUGAAAACACGAGCUGAAUUGACCAAUCUCGUUGCUGGAUACAAUAAAAAAGGAAUCAUCACCGAUUCAUUCGGUAUUGGUGCCGAUUUCGAUGCUGAAAUCAUGAAAGGUAUUGCUGAUACAGGUGGUGCUAAAUUUUUCUUUCUUGAAUCUGCACAAGUUAUUCAAUCAUUGGUAACCAAAGCUCUCAUGAGUGUGUUUAACGUUUGUGGAUCUCAAGCUCGUCUUAUUAUACGUGGUAAAAAUGGUGCUAUUGUCACUAAAAUAUGGGGUCAUGAUAACAUCAUCGAGGGUGCUAAUCUGGGUGAUCUUCACAGUAAUAAUCUAAGAUCUGUUUUGUGCGAUUUUAACGUUUCAGGAACAGCAAAUGGGGAUGGCAGUGACACAGAGACACUCGCCUACGAAUUGCGAUAUAAUCGACCUGAUGAUCUCGCUAGUGAACCAAUUGUGAUCAGAGGUACUCUCGCAUUAAAGUUCGUAGAAGACGAAUCACUUGUCGCAUCGAUUGAUCCGCGGGUAAAGACCAUGUAUGCCAUUCAGAUGGCUGCCGAUAUGGAUUCAAGAAUUGCUGAAUUAGUCAAGGAACGCAAAGUGCAAGAUGCUAUUGAUCUGUUGGCGCAACAAAUUACAUUACUCAAAGAUGUCGAAAGUCUUGAUGAUGAGAAAGGCAUGAUUCGAACUUUGGUACGCAUGGCUGAAAAUAUGCACAAUAAGCUACAAGAAGAAGACAUGGAUGAAGAACUCAUGUAUCACGGUUGUCAUCAUCAAAGUUAUUUGAAACGACAAGCUUCUUGCGAAUACAUGGAGCAUUAUGAUGAUUAG